AUGAAGCCAUCGAAAGUAGAGUCAUCUGAUCCGAGAUUGCGCAAUGUGCAUCUUCGAUCGAUUUACAGGGAAGCGGAGGAAUAUGAUGUUGGCCCGUUGCUACGCAAGUGCAUUACAUUAUCAUCACUACACAACUUGCUUUUGGGCCAAGACCCCUUCAUUCCUAGUUGGAUUGCUAUUGAUGGUGAUACAAAAAGCCCAGAAUUUUGGAUUGAGACCCUGACUGAAGUCUCUGUUCGUUCCAAUGAGUAUAUCUGUGCGGGAGCGGCCCCGUUUCACGAUUUAUUGGAAGGGCGAUCUCAGGCACUUUGCACAUCGCAUGCCCUCGCUCAUUUACGCAAGAACUUGAAUCUUGACAGCCAGGUCAACCGAACUCCAAAUGCCAAUGGAAAGCGGCCACGAAGCGAUACAAAUGGGCCGCCCUUGCGAAGCCCUCAACGCACGGGUUCAUCUCCAAAAAGCCCGGAGAAGCCAAAGCUCACACUUAAGAAGUGGCUGGAGAUAUGCGACGGAUCAAGGACGAGCUGGAAAAAUAUCCAUGCCGAAUGGAACCAGAUGAUUUUCGUAUCCAAGUCAGCGAAGAUCGUAUCAUGGGAUAAACUUAAGGGGGACUGGGAAACUCAGGGGCUUACGCUGUCACUGGGAUACUUCACUGAUAUAACCAUAAAACUUGCUCGAAAAUGCAGCUCGUUGAUUUUCGAGCUUUCGAAGGGGCGAAGCAGCUCAAAUAACACACCUCCUCCAAGCUACAUCCCACUUGUUCGCGGACUUGACGACCUAUGGCCAGCGGCUAAGAAUACCGAGUUCGAACGCUGCAUCCAGGAAGUUGUUCACGGCAAUUUCAGGCCCCAGGCGACCGCACAACUACUGGGAUAUAUUCUCGAACUGGCGCGGAUAAUAAAGGGGUCUACGAUAACCGUGCCUCGGAAAUCCCAACAAGCCGAGCUCAAAAAGGCAGAAGCCCUGUGUCGCCGGCAAGCCCGCCAACUCAAAGAAGAACAGAUGGAGAAGGAUAUCAAGAAAAGGGAGGAGCUGUGCCGCCAGGCGGAAGAGAAUUUUGCACGAGACACCUUGGCCCUCGACGAUGAACGUGCCUCGGUUGAUAUGGUUUCAGCAAGGCUCAGAGAAGCGCAAGCAAUGUGCGAUGAAAGGGAGAGUGCAUUGGCAGCGAAGGAAGCAUUUUGUGCAGAUAGAGAAAAUGCAUUGGCAGCGAAGGAGGCAUCUUGUGCAAAGAGAGAAAGCGCAUCGACGGUGAAGGAGGUGUCUUGGGCAGCGAGAAAUGGUACGCUGGCGGUGAAGGAAGCGUCUUAUGAAGAGCGACACGGUACACUGGCAGCGAAUGAAGCAUCUUACGCAGAGAGACAGCGCGUAUUGGCGACGAAGGAAACGUCAUGCACAGAGAGACGGUCUCGCAUAGAAAAGGCAGAACUUGGGCUUCGAAAGAAGUUGGAAACCUUUGAAGCAAACCAAAAAUUACUCCUCGAGGGUCAACGCAACGCUAAUAAUGGCGAUGAUAGCCAUGCAAGAGACAAGGCUGCGAUGACGAAGCGAGAAACCGCAAACAUGAGAAGGGAGAAGAAUCUUACGGAGAGAGAGCAAAGAUUGGAUGCUCAAGAAAAGAGCUUAAUGUCGCAUCGGGCGUGGAUAUCCCAGAAGGGGAAUGCAGCAACUGACCGUGAAAAGGUGUGUGCCGCCAAGGAAGCGGAGUGCAGGGCGAGGGAAGAAGCGUUAUGUGAGGGGCAGGCGACAGUAGCAAGUGAGAGACAGGAACUCGAGACCCAAACAUCGGCGUUGAGACAUAACCAGGCGCUCUACCAGAAGGCGAAAGAAGAGUUGAAAGCAAGAGAGGAAGUGUUAUGCAAGGGGCAGGCGACGGUAGGAAGUGAGAGACAAGAACUCGAGACCCAAACAUCGGCGUUGAGAGAUGACGAGGUGCUCUUCCAGAAGGCCAAAGAAGAGUUGAAAGCAAGGGAGAAAACGCAACACAAGGAACGCGCCGCAGUAGUAACUGAAAGGCGGGAAGUUGAAGUCCAAAAAUGGGCGUUGAGAGAGGACGAGGUGGUCUACCAGAAAGCAAAGGGGGAAUUGAAAGCAAGGGAGGAAGCGCAGCACCAGGAGCGCGCCGCAAUAGCAAGCGAAAGGAAAAGAGUUGACUCCCAAAGAUCGGCAUUGAAACAAGACCUAACCCUCCACCGGGAAGGUAAAAAGACGAUGAAGGCGAAUAGUGAAGCGUUGGCUCAGGAGCGGGCAGCAAUAUUGUGUGAACAGAAAAACAUGGCAGCGGCACAAAAAGACUUUGAAAACAAAAAGUCGGUAUUGAGGGCGGAGCAGGUCGCUAUGUCUCACAACAAGCAAGAAGUGGCAACCGCAAUGAAGGCCUUAGAAAGCGAGAAGCUGUCGUUAGGAGCAGAUCUGGCCGCUCUAUCUCGUGAGAAGGAAGCAGCAGCAGCGAAAAAGAAGGCCUUAGAAAUCGAAAGGUUGGCAUUGGGCGCGGAGAAAGUUCUCUACGAAAAAGACAAAAAUGAGUGGAAAGAGAAGGUAAGAAUCAAUCUGCAGCAGGUGCAGGAGAUGGAGAGGUCCCUCUCUACUUGGUGA